CUGGUUAGCUUGGUGCAAACUUAACUCCUUGUAGCCAAUGGUAAUACUAUUUUAUCUUAAGUAAAAGUUGUUGAAAAACUAAAACGAACAACUGAUCAAUGUACUGUCAACAAUUCACGUAAGCAUAUAAUGCAAUAAGUGCGUAUGUUGAGCUAAUCAACACAUCUUGUUUUGUGUGAAGAAAGUGCGAGUUCCUAAAAUUAUUUAGAUACUUCCAAAAAAAGUAUAUAGCUCGUUGUUCUCUGCAAUUAUGCAUUGUGUGCACGGAGGGAAGUUAAUUGAUAGUGUAGUCGCUGAAUAAAUGGUGUACGUUUUGUAAAAUAUCAUCCGUAGAACGAACCAGUCGCUUUGUGUGAUACAGCACCCUUCGGAUUUCUGAUGAACGGUAAAACAUGCAAAACGCAAAGACACACGUUUAUACAAAGCAUCAUUGAGAAGGAUCUCCUGAAGGAAACGAGAAAACUACACUUCUCAAUCAUUGUACAGCGAUAGAGCGUUUAUUCUACGAAUCGGAAUGUCCAAUUUAAAGGAAGAGCGUAUAGGAACCUCAUCGGAUGCAGGAAAUGGGGAUUCUCGAGACUCGAUAGAACGAUACGUUUAGUUACCUUAUCUGCUUCCUCAAUGGUCCAAACUCGCUAAAUAUGACAUGGAUAGCAGUUCUGCAGUGAGUGUAGAGAUCACAUCAACUCCAGCUUCCACCGGGCGUCAUGCUCACGCGAGCAGCCUUGGUAAUGGUUCGAACUCUGCUAACAUUAGUUCAACUAUAAUCUGCUCAGGAGAAGUUGGAAAUAACAGCGAUUCACACGGUGCAUCCGGCACAUUAGGACCCAAAGGUAGCAUUCGUGGUAACAAGCUGGCUCGACGAGCAAGAUCGUUCAAAGACGAUUUCCUGGAGAAAAUUUCGCAGAUACGCACGCCGACCAGUACCAUGACUAGGUCCCACUCACCCAACAACCCUCGCACAGGCCCGAGCAGUAACCGUAAAAGUACAACGGAUGAACCUGCAAAACCCAUUCAUGAUCUUAAUUACCAUGUUCGUCAGGUCAAGAAUGCUCUCACCCAUUUCAAAGAUGUAAUUCUAAAGAAUAAAUUAGAAAUGUUACCAGGUAACGGAACAGUUGUGCUUGAAUCUAUUGCCAAUGUGCACACUGCUUUGCAAUCCUAUACAUUGAACGAGAAUAGCACAGCAUUUAUCAACGCUACAAAUCAUGUGUAUAUUUCGCUCGGUAAUCUUUUGAGGCUUUGCGACGAAGUGUUGCUUACGAAAGAGGGUGAAGACUGCCCCUCACUUAGUAAAGAAAAUGUGAAAGAAGUGGUUGAACUAGUUGAAAACGCCGUGAACAACCUUGUAAAUCUAGCUAAUGAAAAACUCAACGAUCGGGAUGGAAAUAAGCAACACAUUGCAAGUUCCAAUACUCUGCAGCGUCCAACCGUGGAUGUGGUCAGUCAACGAACUUCGCUACCCGAUAUUCCACUAACACCACGUGAACGUGAUCUUCUAGAACAGACUUGUUUAAAAACAGUGCGUGCGUCGCAUAGUACAGAGAGUAUAUUGCGCGAAUCGAGCGAACCUCCACCAAAACCACCAUUGCCCGAUCGUUCGAAUGAGCCGCCGCCGUUGCCACCGAAGCGCAAGAGCCAACAUUCAAAAAACCUUUCGUUUCACGAUACAUCUGAAUGCAAUUCCGAUUCAACCUUCCUGGGAUGCGGUGCAUUAGAUCGCAUGUCUCUUCGUUCCCGAUCCCCCGAAGACAAUUCUAGUCUCCUUAGUGCCAGCGCUGGAUCGCUGGAUUCAGCAUUAAAUAACUCUCGCGAUGAAGAGGAGCUACGCAUCCUGACUGGAGUCAACGAAAUGAGUACUAUCUCACAAGGUUCAUCAAUCAAUGCCGGCAUAAUAUCUUCUCCAACAUCAGCGGCCGUUUGGAAUGAACCGCACGAUGCUAUUGGUGCACACGGUAUGAUUACCAACGAACUGGGGGUUCAGAACAACCGGAACUCCAACGAGUCUGGUAUUGAGUCAAUGUACUCAUUACGUGUUAGUCGUGAUAAUAAUAACGUAGGAGUAAUUUCAUUCAAUCAGCAAAAAACCGCCACUGGUCAUGUGCAACGAUCAGAAUCUGUUGUAGAUAGUAUAAACGAUGUUCGAUGCACUGCGAUUUAUGCUGGCACCAAGCUGAAAAAUAGUGCAAUGAACGCUGCUAGUCAACCACAACUGCACCAGAAUCUCCAUCAGAUACAUGUUCUCCAUCAUCAACACAAUCAACAACACUAUCAACAUCAGAAAAAAAUCGAAACAAUUGUGACUCAAGAAUGCAUGAAGAAAACGAUCAUUCCAUCCGGUGAAGAAUAUCAAAUAAGUAAUUUGCCGGAAUUUCAAGCUACGCCAAGCAACAGUGUGCCGAAACCGAUAGAGCACACCAAUCUAGGCGAUAUCUUGGGAAACGAUGAUGUAUUUCCUUCUCUAAUGUCUUCGGAUCGACCUCCAGCACUUCCGGUUAAAACGCGAUUACAAAGCAUUAAAAAAGAAAGGCACCCCUCACAGUACGAUAACGUUGACGAUACAGAUUCUGAGCGAAGUCCCCAGAUUAUGCUGGAACAUAUUUCCAAACAAAGUUCGCCUUCAUUACUGCAUAGCAGACAGCAAAUAUUUGAUAAUUUGUCCAACAAACAUGUAAGUCUCUUCGAACCGAGACUCAUAAACCGUUUCCAAGAAGAACCACCGCCGCUGCCAAUUAAAAAAAAACAUAUGUUUCAAAGUGUUGCUUAUUCAGUUAUGGCGUACAUGGAAAUAUUUGGCAGUGCAACUCAAAAUCAUUCUGAAUUUAUGCGUCACUCCGUGCAUACCUACAAUAUGACACAAUCGGAAAAUGCUUCAUCUGCCAGCCAUAGUCUAUGUCACAGUCAUACCAUGAGUUUAUCUCCAUCGCGUACAGCUCCCGUUUCUCCUCCUGAUUCGCCGAAUAUUAACAAUAAGCCUCCAGCCCUACCUCCAAAACGCCAACGCAUCAAUAGCAAAACCCAAAGCACAGCAUCAACACCUCCUGCUAGUCCAAAAAUCAUACAAGACUUAUUGUACCAAUCUCAAACCUUAUCCAAAAAAAUAAGCUCACCAUCAUCGAGAAUUAGCAAAACGACAUGCAGUCAAUCUUUGGACGUUACUGGGGCUUUCUUGAUAAAAUCAAAACUAUCACCCAAUUAUCGCGAAACGACCAUCGAAUCGGAUACCUGCCAAGUAUCGACAUCUGAUAUUGUUUUUACUAGUACUUCUACUACUACUGCUAUUACUAAUUCUAUUUCCGCGAUCCCAGUUACUGCUGCUGCUGCCUCGUAUUAUGCAUCUAAUGUACCGAAUCUGACACCUGAAAUUAAUGAGGGCGUUUGUUCAUGUAGUACAGUCGAAAGCAGCAAUGGUAAAAUAAUUGAUUGCAAUGUUGAUCAUCAGAAACUCGAGUCUGGUGACUAUUUGCAUCUGUGUAAUGCAAAUAGUAAAGUUUCCGAUAAUAUCUAUCCUUCCGUUUCAAAUCCAGAAACUAUAACAAUUGGAAAUACUCUAGUCACUAAAUACAAUAAGAGCAAUAACGUUAUUGUUAGUAACAAUAUUGGCUCUAGCUGUACGACAAAUAUUCAUAACAAUAGCUGUAGUAAUAGAGGUGCUAGUUGCAAACUAGCAAACUCUUCUGAGUUAACCCUGGAGCCAUCGACCCACGAUCACCACAGCACCGCAGAAGCACCAGAGGAGGAGGUGGAAGUGAUACUUAGGCGAAAUAAUAAGAACACCCAGAGUUUAGCGGAAAAUCAACAACCUGUUAAUCUUAUGGACGAACUCGACGUAAGCAACUAUCUUGUAUUCAAAAAGGACAACGAAGACGGUCCGGAUGUGAAAGGAGGACAUCCCGAUGCACUCAUCAUACACGCAACGCGAGUGCAGAAAAACUCUGAUGCAUAUGGAGAGGCGUUUAUCACGACAUUUCGAACAUUUAUAUCGCCAUUGGAGCUUAUACAAAAAUUGUCUCAUCGGUACACGGUAUACCAUUGUCAAAUGAAUGAUGCCAAACAAAAAGCAGCCAAAGAAUCUUUUUCCUUACUAGUCCGGGUUGUGAAUGAUCUUACUGCUCCUGAUCUGACAGAGCGUCUUCUUGUAAUUUUGAUGAACUUCAAAUAUCAACUCGUCAGCGCAGGACAUCUGCACAUGGCGAAACUACUACGCGUCAAACUUAUAGAGAAAGUGCUGAUUUUUAAACAAAAAGCAACGCUGACCAUUCAAACGCUAGCCUCGCGUGCAGUUAUGACAUCGCUACCUUCGUUAUUAGAUCUGAAAUCUGCUGAAAUUGCCGAGCAAAUGACGUUGUUGGAUGCCGAGCUUUUUCAGAAAAUUGAAAUACCAGAAGUUUUAAUCUGGGCCCAGGAGCAAUGUGAGGAACGUUCUCCAAAUUUGACACGAUUUACUGAACACUUCAAUAAAAUGUCAUACUGGGCCCGCACACAAAUUCUCUCGCAAAACGAUAGCAAAGACAGAGAAAAGCACGUGAUAAAAUUCAUAAAAAUCAUGAAACACCUUAGGAAAAUAAAUAACUACAAUUCUUAUCUAGCACUAUUAUCAGCACUUGAUUCAGCCCCUAUCAGAAGAUUGGAAUGGCAUAAAACUAUAACCGAAGGAUUAAAGGAAUACUGUGCACUGAUUGAUUCAAGCUCCAGUUUUCGUGCGUACAGACAAGCUCUUGCUGAGACGAAUCCGCCUUGUAUACCAUACAUUGGGCUUGUGUUACAAGAUUUGACAUUUGUACACAUAGGUAAUCCUGAUUUACUCCCCGAGGGAGCGACUAAUUUUUCUAAACGGUGGCAGCAGUAUCAUAUUGUUGUGAACAUGAAGCGUUUCAAGAAAGGAUGCUAUCCAUUCAAGAAAAACGAAAGAAUAAUUGGGUUUUUCGAAAAUUUUGAAAAUUAUUUAGACGAAGAUGCGAUGUGGCAAAUAUCGGAAAAUAUCAAACCCCGCGGCACUAGGAAAAACAACGUCAAUUAGGGCAGAUUAAACUGCAUAGUUUCGACGAUGAAGUGCGUAAAGCAUCACGUCGUUUAAUGGUAUUACUAUCAAUUGUAUAGCUAACAAUUCGUCGCCAAUCUAGCAGUUAGUAUCAUUUCACCAUCGUCCCACCAUGCUAUGGAAUAUAGUGCUGACCGUGGUGUGUAAUAUUCAAGUAAUGAAAUUUCAAUCAUGUUACAGUCUUGCUAUAAAAUGCAUCCAUCUAUUAAAAUCUAUUGGCAUUUGUCAUUUAUUUAUAUAUUGAAAUUGAACAAAAUAGAACAACAUACUUUUAACAUCAAAUGAUUCAUGUUUCCUUUCGUAUCAAAUUGAUUGGUUGGAAUUUCCGGUAAAACCCACCCUCUGUUACUAAGUGCUUGAUUUUUUGCGCUAUUUUGCGCUGUAUCAAAACUUUAAAUCGAAAAUUAAGGUAUUAGGAAGGGAAGGGAAAUAAUGGGAUAAACUCCGAUGUGUAAAAGAUAUAUAUUCAAUUGAUGAUUCGUUUCUGUAGAUGACACAUUUUUGCCUAUUUUAUCAUACAUACUAUCGUCUGGGUCUUUUUGGAAAGCACAUAUCAAUACUAAUAGACACGAUCUAACAGAGUUUAUAAAUCAUCAUUACUUGUAGCUACCAUAAUGUAAUAUGCAUGCAAUAUCAUUGAUGUUCGAUUGACUGAUCACUGACUGAAAAGUGUUUUAUGUUUGGUCAUUAUUAGCUUAGUAUCAUAUAAGCUAGAUCGAACUAACAUAACAUUAAUACGGAUUAAAUAUUCGGCCCCGAGGAAUUAUGCUGUCGACAAAUUCAGCCAUCAGUUGGAUCAUCGAUUAAAUUAUAAAUAUCUUUUGCAUUCAGAAUUCAGCCAGCCAGCAUAUGUUUCUAAAAUAAUAUUCUAGUCGGUAAUUUGUUGGAUGAGUAUGUCAAAAUUAUAAGUACAGUAACGGUAAUAGAAUAAUCCAAACAGUGAGUUUGAUUGAGAUUUCGUGUAAUCAAUGUACAAAUAUGCAUGUGAAUAUAUGGGAUUUAUUUACACGUAUUUGUUUAGUAAUUUUAAAAUGAAACAAUAAAUUAUGAUGAAAAUCCACUA